AUGUACAACGUCACACACUUCUAUCAGGUCCCGGAGGACCCCAUCGGAACGUUCAUUUGGUUCCAUGGCUGCGUCCACGACGCCUCUGCUGGGUGGCCCUACGAUCCAGACGAGUGCCCCGAGUGCCUGGGCUUGCCAGAGGAGGCGCUGGCCAGGGGCUACGCAGUGCUGGCCGUGGAGAGCAAGAACCGUGAGCGGAAGGAGCGGUGCUUCAACUACAGCCCGGACGAGACCAUCAGCGAUGCAUACCAAGUGCCCAAGAUCAUUGAGCGCUUCGUCAGGGUCAAGCGGCUGCAGGACAAGCCCAUCUACACUGCGGGCGUCUCCUCGGGGGCUUCCUUUGCAGUGAAGAUUCCAAAGGGGUUCUACUCCUCUGAGAAUGAAGUCAAGAUUCAUGGAGCCAUCUCAGAAGCGAACGCAAUUCCCAUAGAGUCGUGGGGGCUGCUGGACACACGCGGCCAGCUGCGCUACCCAGGCUUCCCGCCAAACGACCCAUUCAGCCGCGUUCAGAUGCUGGAGAACAUCGAUGUGUUCCGCAGCGUCGGCAUCCCAAGUGACUGGGUCUCGGUGUGGCAGCGGUCCAUCAACGAGUCGUUUUUCUUCGAGCGCUCUCCCACCAUCACCAUGCCACAGUCGGCCGCCAUUGUCAAGGCCCUGAAGGCCAUGGGGGUGGUGGAUGAGGAUGGCAACCUCAUGGGCGACCCCCGCAUAGAUGCGCCGAACCGCACCAGCGUGAUGCACAAGUGGAACUUCAAGCUGGUGCAGCGCGUGCCAUGGCUGAACCUGAACCGCAACAAGCCGCCCAUGCUGACGGCUCUGUCGGACCGUGGCGCCAUCUUUGAAGAAAUGAACGUGGCAUUUGCCAGGCACGAGAUCAUAGCUGACUACCUUGUGCCGUGCCUGGCAUGGCUGGAGAAGGAGGGCAAAGCCGACCUGAAAGAGCUGGGCAGGCAGCUGGGCGUGAAGCGGCUGCGGGACCUCACCAUGGAUCGCAUCUAUCCCUCGCCGCCCCCCGCGCCACGGCCGCCGCCCUCCCCGACGAAAAAGGGCAGCGAGGAUGCUGAUGACGACGGCAACGCGGUUGAAGGGGCAAACGGGUGA